AUGUGGUGGUGGUGUUCUUCAGCAAAAGGCCGUUCGAAUCUGGAGAGGUUUCUCUUAGGAGUCACUCCUAAACCUCCUUCCUUCUCUAUUCCUCUGCAACAUGGGAAAGAAAUGGAGUAUUUCAGGCUUGGUGAUCUUUGGAACUGUUAUGAUGAGCUAAGUGCCUAUGGGUUUGAAUCACAUGUUGAUUUAAACAACGGCGAAGCAGUUAUGCAAUAUUAUGUCCCAUAUUUAUCAGCCAUCCAAAUCCACACUACCAAACCUGCUAUGAUGUUGUCCAGGAACCAGAAUUGGGUGGUUGAAUACGAGAGUAGCGAGUGUUGGAGCGAUACUGAGAGUGAGAAGUUGUUGUCAAGAUCAUUGAGCAAUGAUUCGAGCAAAACAUGGGAUGUUGUCUCUGAUGAUUCCUCUUUUGAUCAAGAUGGUACACCAUUGCUGCGAGAGAGACUUGGCUACCUUGAAUUUAAGUACAUUGAAAGAGAUCCUCCUUACAAGCGUGUUCCCUUAUCCGACAAGAUGAACGAAUUGGCUGAGAAAUAUCCAGGACUGAUGACCUUAAGGAGUGUAGAUAUUUCUCCUGCAAGCUGGAUGGCUGUUGCAUGGUAUCCCAUAUGUCACAUCCCAAGCUGCAAGAACGAGAAGGACUUGACGACAUGCUUCUUAACUUAUCAUACUUUAUCUUCCUCUUUCCAAGAUAAUGUGGUGGUGGGAGAUCAAGAAGAGACAGAGUAUUGUGAAGAAUCUGUCAUGAGCAAGAGAAUCCCAUUGCCUCCAUUUGGUUUAGCUACUUACAAAAUGCAAGGAGACCUUUGGGGAAAAACAGGGUUUGAUCAGGAGCGGUUGGAUUAUCUUCAGAGUGCUGCAGAUUCAUGGCUGAAACAGCUAAAUGCUGACCACCAUGACUAUAACUUCUUCAUGAACUCCAGCUGUUAAGAACCUUGAACUGUUCUUUGUUUUUUCAUGGUCACCUUUUGUUGUUGUUGUCGUCGUCGUCUGGCUUUCUGUGUUGUUUUAAGUAGCAACCGUCAUCCCUGUGUUGUUUCUUGUGUUGCAAGCCAUGGAGGUUACUAAUAAGAAAACAGAUUUUUUUUUUAGGUGUUGCGGUGAUAAGAAAAUAAAGUUUUUGUUGAGUGUGA